AUGAAAAAAAUCUCCACGGAAAAGGUCGUAGCUUCUGCAAGCAGGGAUCUUUCAAAUAACAGAGGUCUGACAGGAACACUUCCACCAUCAAUUGGGAAUUUAAAGAAUCUGACGAUCCUAGCUCUGAAUUCUAACAGCUUCAGUGGACCAAUUCCAGCUUCUAUUGGUAAUCUAUUGAAUCUUACAUGGCUGGAUGUAAGUGAGAAUCAGCUUACUGGAACCAUUCCAGUGUCCAAGGGAACUACACCUGGUUUGGAUAUGCUAGUUAAAGCAAAACACUUAAUUUUUAACAACAAUCAACUGAGGGGGAACAUCCCUCCUACUCUAGGACUUGUACAAACAUUGGUGACGGUCCGCCUAGAUUGUAAUUCAUUAAGUGGGCCCGUCCCUCCGAACCUCAACAACCUUACAAGUGUCAAGGAGCUGUACUUGUCCAACAAUGAACUCACAGGACCUCUUCCAGACCUUACCGGCAUGAACUCCCUUACCUACAUGGAUAUGAGCAAUAAUAGUUUUGAUGUAUCAGAAAUUCCCCCGUGGUUUACCGAAAUACAGUCUUUGACGACAUUAGUGAUGGAAAAUACACAACUUGAAGCACACAUUCCAGUCAAUCUUUUCAGCCUCCCUCAAUUGGAGACGAAGAAUCCAAAUAAGGUUUUUUCAAUGAGAAAUGAGGGUGAUGGGGCAAUUUAUUGGAAAUAUGUUGGCAGGGUACUAAGCAACAACAAGCUUAAUGGGACACUGGAUAUUGGCAACAGUUAUAGCAACAAUUUGACCGUUGAUUUGCAGAACAACUCCAUUAGCGACUUUACACAGAAAGCAAGUUACAAUAUGGUCUUGAAGCUUGUGGGUAACCCAAUUUGUCAGGGAAAUGGAGCAACCGAACGAUACUGCACAAUUCAGAAAUCCAACCCUUCAUACAUCACACCAACAAAUAGCUGCACUGCCGUGGUCUGCCGUUCAGACAGAAUAUUAAGUCCAAAUUGCAAAUGUGCAUAUCCGUACACAGGAACCCUACACUUCUUUUCUUUUUCCUUUUCAAAUUUAGAAAACUCAAGUUACUUCAGAACACUUGCGGAGUCUCUGAUGUCAGCUUUUCAGUCCAAUCAACUUCUUGUGGAUUCAGUUUCUCUUAGUGAUCCAACCGUUGAUGUAUACUCUUACCUUCAGUUCAGACUGCAAAUCUUUCCUUCUGGUCUGGAUCAUUUCAAUAGAACAGGAAUUUCUACAGUUGGUUUUCUGCUCACCAACUCUUUCCGGAUUCCAAAUUAUGGGAGUUACUCCUUUAAAGAAGAGAGCUAUUGUUGCUUUGCAGGAGCAAAAAAACCAUCUAAUACAGGAAUUAACGUUGGAGCAGUAGUUGGUAGUUUUGUGCUUGUGCUUUUCAUACUCGGUGCAGGAUUUUAUGCUUUCCAUCAAAAGAGAGAAGCAAAACGAGCAGUUCAACAGAGCAACCCUUUUGCAAAUUGGGACCGUGAUGAAAGCAGUGGUGGUGUUCCACAACUUAAAGGAGCUAGAUGGUUUUCAUUUGAAGAGCUUCGGAAAUGUACUAACAAUUUUGCAGAAGUGAACGUUGUUGGAUCUGGGGGCUAUGGGAAGGUUUAUAGAGGAACUAUUGCCUCUGACCAAUUAGUUGCCAUCAAAAGAGCUCGACAGGGAUCAUUGCCGGAUGCUCUUCAGUUUAAGACUGAGAUUGAGCUUCUAUCAAGGAUCCAUCAUAAGAAUGUUGUCAGCCUGGUGGGUUUCUGUUAUGAGCAAGGGGAACAAAUGCUGGUCUAUGAGUAUAUUCCAAAUGGUACCCUGAAAGAUGCUCUUUCAGGGAAGUCAGGAUUCCAAUUGAACUGGAUGAGGAGACUUAGAAUAGCCCUUGAUUCAGCCAAAGGUCUGGCCUAUAUGCAUGAGCUUGCCAACCCUCCCAUCAUACACAGGGACAUUAAGUCAACCAACAUCCUACUAGAUGAUUGUCUAAAUGCAAAAGUUGCCGAUUUUGGCUUAUCCAAACUUAUGGAAGAUACCAGUAAGAAUUAUGUCAGCACUCAAGUCAAAGGGACAAUGGGAUACAUGGAUCCUGAAUAUUACACUACCCAACAACUGUCUGAAAAGAGUGAUGUUUAUAGCUUUGGAAUUGUAUUGCUGGAGCUGGUAACUGCAAGGGCACCAAUAGAGCGAGGGAAGUACAUUGUGGUAGUGGUUAAGAAUGCAAUUGCUAAUUUAACGGAUCAAUAUUACAUUCAUGACAUUCUUGAUCCAACCCUCGGUCCAAGUGCAAAACUUGGAGGCUUGAAAAAGUUUGUGGAGUUGGCAAUGAGAUGUGUCAAAGACUCUUCAUCUGAGAGGCCUACAAUGGGUGAGGUGGUGAGAGAAAUUGAGAACAUCAUGCAGUUAGCUAGUUCGAACAAGAAUUUUGAAACAGAGUUCACUUCAUCGAGUUAUGAGGGGAGUUCAGACGGGAGUAAGGCCUUUGAUUACAGUGGAGGAUUAUAAAGUUCGGAUUCAAAUUAUAUCCCAUCUUUGGAUAGGUUUCAUUUGGUUUGUGGACUUCAUUUAUAUGUUAAGAUAAAAGAUAUUAAAAUGACCACUGCACCCUUGUGUAAAUAAAUGUAAUCUAAUCCUAUACCAAUUGGAAUGAAAAAAGUCCAAUCCAAUAAUAUUGUCUUAUUUAGGGGAAAAAAAUAUGAUUCAA